GGGAAUCGUAAGCUAGAAUUUUCCAUUGGCGGAAGGUCUGGUAGCGGCUCCACCGGGCUACCCCACAGCCACACCCCUUUGAGUGUGAAUCCGUCACCCGCACUGCUGCCAAUACAUUUGCCGUACGGAGCACCGCGGACAUUUGGAAAAGAUUGGCCUUUCCCAACGCGCGCUGAGGCUUCUCCUCUUGCCUUUCUUCCUAUUCUCCUCUCCACGACUAACCGCCACCUUUCAUACAUACUUACAUCUAUCAAUACCUUGUCGAUAAGCCUAUACCGCCAAUAUAUCUGAAUUAUUUUUCGUCUAUUACAACGUUUGUCGACUAUCGACUAUCCUUUACCAACUUUUGAAAGUCGGUCACAUACUUUGAACGGCACCGGGCCCGCUACUGUACAGUAAUACAUAUUAUCACUUGAGAGCCUACAUUUCAGCCCACCCAAGUGUAAAUCGAAUUCACUACGAAUAGUAAUCAAAUCGAAAGCCAAGAAACAGCCUUUUCGGCGGCAGAUGCGAAGAGCAUCCGGCCAACAUGCCUGGAAUUCUCCCGAUGAAAGUGAUCAAGGUCGGCAACGGCGCCCAAAGUCGUAUCGCCCAGGCCUGUGAUCGAUGCAGAAGCAAGAAGAUUCGCUGUGAUGGUGUCCGUCCAUGUUGUACACAAUGCGCCAAUGUCGGUUUCGAAUGUAAAACGAGCGACAAACUGAGUCGCCGCGCUUUCCCUCGUGGAUACACCGAAUCGUUGGAGGAACGGGUGCGAGCUCUCGAGUCAGAAGUGAGGGAUCUGAAGAAUUUGUUGGAUGAAAAAGAUGAGAAAAUCGACGUACUGUCUCGGAUACAUUCUUUCUCUCCCUCUUCGCAACAAAGGACUGCUGCCUCUGUACGGUCGUCCGAAUCGGCCAAGUCGAGUCCGUCCGACACGAACGAGGGUGUCAUUCAGGUCCAGGAGCCGCCAAGCGAAUCAUCUAAUAGCGGAUCCGUUGGGAUCUCCAGUAUACGUGGCUAUGGUGAUGUUUUCAUAAGUAGGCUCAUGGAUCAGGGCCGAUUGCCCCCAAAUGUCUCGACGAGGGCUUUGACAGCCUCUCCCGCUGCUAUCUCUACCUCUCGUACCGAUCAGAUCAUCAAGACCGCACCACGACUCGUGUCUGAUCAACUUAUUAAUAUUUUCUUCCAAGAGUGGGCUCCUCUCUAUCCAGUUGUUCACAGGCCUACCAUUCUCAAGGCCUACGAGCAGUACCUGUCGAAUACGGAAACCUUGCAAGGCAGUAAGCACGAUAUGGCGCAGCUGAACUUGAUAUUUGGCAUUGCUGCGCUUGCAUCAACUACGAGAACCAACCAGGACCCAACGUUCUUCGAGGAUAAUUGGUCUCCUGUCAUUGAAUCGCUCUCUGGCGAUGUCUCCAUCCCAACCUUGCAAUGCUAUGUUCUGGCUCAGUUGUACUGCAUGACCAAAGGCGACUAUACCGGUCUUCUACGCUACCGAGGUUCUGCCGUUAGCCUUUGUCAUCAAUUGAGACUUCAUCAGAGUCAAAAACGCUUUUCUCCCAACCCACUUGUCGCUGAAACACGGAAGAAGGUGUUUUGGUGCCAAUACGUGGUUGAUCGUUUCACCACUGCUCUAACUGGGUUGCCUGUUCUACUGCGCGAGGAGGGCAUUCGUACAGAGUAUCCCGAGGAUAUUGAUGACGAGAAUGUCACUGAAACAGGUUUCCUACCCACCCUUCCUGGCGAGUCCACUCGGAUCUCUAGCGCGAUCGCAUUAUUUGCGGCAUCCAGAGUACUGAACAAGGCUUUGGAAGAUCUAUAUCCGUCUGAUGGGGGAUACGAAAUUCCAGUGUCGAAACUCCGUUCAGUUGCAGGACAGCUGGAUGGAUGGGUGAAGAACUUGCCUCCCCACCUCCGUCUCGAGUUCUUGCAGGAUAAGCCCAGCACAAAUGUUACGAGUAGCCGGUCGCCACUUUUGUCCCUUGUUUACUACUUCAUCCGUUCACUAAUCCAUCGCCCGGCUGUCUGCUUCGGCGAGGAACAAAUCCGUUCACCGUCUGCUCUCGCCGUCUCCGACUGCAGCAAACGUAUCGUCCAAAUUCUUCAGCUUCUUGAUGAGAGGCGCCUUUGCCUCUCUGUCAGCGUCAACCGUAGAGAGCUGAUAUUCUCUUCCGGUCUCGGUCUUUUGUGGCAAAACAUUGGGCUCAAACGCGACAGCAAGCUUGUCAAAGAGAGUCAGAAGUUGCUCACUGCGAUCAUUGACCAGUUAGAGCCAGAGUCCCCAGUUGCUGCUGCGGAAUUUAGUACGUUGGCUGGCGCAUUAGUCUCGCUGGAUGGCAGCAAACGAGCAACAUCUGAUAAGUCUCGCGAAAUGUCGCCACCGGAGCAAAAGACUUCAAGGUCCCCUAAAAAGCAGCUUCAAGCCUUGAAGGCCCGCUUAGCUGCUAGUGCGGGCUUGGGUCAGCCUGCAAAACAAGACUCGCUGUCGCGCAGAAAUACCAUCUCGGGGGCUAGCCCUCAUGCUGCCCAGCGUCAGAUCCGGUCUUCUAGUUGGGCCAGUCUCCCUGCCCCCGGGGACUUGCACCUUCCAGGGGACAAGAUGUAUUAUACCUCCCAUCCUAUAAGCUACGAUCACGGCCAUGUGCUGUCCAGCUCUGUACCCUCAGAUGUCCCCCACGGAGCCAUUACGAUGUCUGAUUGGGAGUUUGUUCUCAGUGAUAUGGACCGAGGCUAUUCUAACAUCUUCACUGGAAUUUAUGGCGGUAAGGAGUGUGGUGACGACACCGGGCCUUUCGCAUCCCUGACGGCCGAAUAUGCACAUAAGCCCAGCCCAAUGACCGCGCCUCUGCCAGGAUCCCAGAUUGAUCUCCAGGGACUUUCCCCCGAAGCCUGGUCUUCCAGCAGCAAUAGCGACAUGCCCACCAAUCGGGAGAUUGCGCCGGCACAGAGCGUGCUCAGUUAUUCGGAUGAGAGCAUGGGCAGCACGGAAGACGCGGCACCGUACAAUGACAUCCGGUUGUCUCCGGAAGGGCAAGCUAAUCUUUUGGAUCCCUUCCAGGGCGUUGUGAUGCCGGCUGCGGGGGAUGAGGUCACUGAUUUUGGACUGAUCAACGGGUGGGAUCGGCGGCUGGCCGCUUGAACCGAUUGCACCAUAUACAUUUGUUGUCUUGGGCUGUGGAGUUUCAUAUCGCUGGCUUGGAGUGACUUGGGCGGCGUAUGCACAGAUGAUUUUCUUUUUGAUACCUGGGAAAUUGUAUGGAGUUCAUGGGUUACGUAUGUAUGGUACAACAGGCUCUCCGGCGGGAUAUCUCUCGUUUGUAACGAGGGGCACUGGGGAGAUGUUUAAUGUUUUGUAUAUGCUUUCGUCUUUUGGAUGAUUCCGUUACGUAUAGUGCCAGGGACUAGGAUCUGGCAGCCAAUCUGCUUCUAGCGAAUAAUGAACGAGAUGCACAUUUUGAUACUGUACCUCACGGUAAUCCUUCCUGAUCGAUAGUCAGGAUGCGGGGGUUCUCAAGGAUAUUUAAGGUAUGUCGCAGAUAGAGAGAUCAUGCAUGGCCGUAAACCGGGUACAAUCGGAGAUUUCAGUAGAUGAAACGCGAAGAUCAAAC